CAGCUGCACCUGCGCUGUAACAGUUUAUUUUCAAAUUUAAGCGGCCAAAUGCAGCGAUGACACACGUUUCAGUUAUCUGUUUAUUUUUUGUUUUGGGAAUCUUUUCUAAAGGUGUGCCAGCUGUGAUCCAAACGCAGCAGACUGUGGUAGCAGCAGUGGGAGAGCAGGCCUGCUUGAAAUGUCAACUCACUCAGUCUAAAGACGUCCUUCAGGUCACAUGGCAGAAAAUCCUGCCUGAUGGAAAGAAGAAUCUCGCUACGUUCAGCAAAAACUUUGGCGCAAGAGUCAAUCCAGGCUUAAAUAAGAAAGCAGAUUUUCUGUACAGUGAACUAAAGAACUGCUCCAUGGUGAUCAAGAAGGUGACGGAGGAGGAUGAAGGCUGCUAUCACUGUUUGUUUAACACUUUCCCCGAUGGAGCUGUGACGGGCACAACCUGCCUCAGAGUCUAUGAGCUGCAUGAACCCGUCCUUCAUGUCAGAGAAUCAAACUCCUCUGCAGAGUCAUUUGUGUCCUGUUCAGCCACAGGUCGACCUGCUCCCAGUGUAACACUGACUGUUACACAACAGCACCUCAACUUCUUACACCACAACACUGUCAGUGUGAGCAACACCAACGGUACCGUCACUGUCACUGCUACAGCUGUACUGUCACGUUUCCAUAAAAACAGCAUUCAGGUUGGAUGUGCAGCCCGAGUGCCCUCUGGUCCUCAGAUGGAGGCAUUUGUUCUCCUUCCUGAGCCCAAACAGAUGUCUGAUCAUGGUGCUUCUAAGAAAGAGCGUUCUGACAGUGAAUCCAAUUCCACUUGGAUCUUUUUAUCAGCUGUGUGUGUUGUGGUGUGCGGUUGUGUUGCUAUCGUCAUUACUGUACAGCGGAGACAAAAACAGAAUGGAGACCUUGAGAGGACCAAAACACCACAAAAAACAACCCAGGACACACACCAGAUAACACCUUUGAUCAAGAAAGAGAAUGAGCUGAUCAGACAGCGGUCAUCAAGCAAGAAACGUCCAGAAAACAACCACCCAAAACCCUCGCCGUCGACGGCUAAAAGGCUGUUCGAAGACGACAACCAGACAUGAUUGUCAAAGCCCAGGAUGUGAUACUUUAUGCAUACUUCAUGUGUAUAACCGCAAUGAAGGGCAGAAAGCUCAGCUGUUAAGUGAAAUAGGAUAUGUGUUCGUCUUUAUCGAGGAUAUUAGAGACACACUUCGUCUCCAGUUGUCCGUCUGACACCAGAGAUGUGGACUACUGUCCGUCUGUAGACAUGAAGAGGAAGUUGAGAGACAGCAGCACAAGUAGGAGGCAGCAUGAGUCAAUCACAGUUAAAAUUAUCAAGGUAUGCACCGGCGCCCGCCAUGUUUACUCCAUUUCAGUGGAAACAUUAUUCAAUAAGUCAUUAACUGACAUUUCAUUUAUGAUCUGUACCACUUCAUGUAUGUCUUUGGACAGUCACCUGGAGAGAACCCACGCAUACACGGAGAGAACAUGCAAACUCCACACAGAAAGGCCACCACCCCCCGGUUCAAACCUCCCCCCAGCCAAGACUCAAACCAGUGACCCUCUUGCUGUGAGGCUGCAGUGCUAACCACCACACCACCUUUGUCCAUGUAAACAUAUCUAAUGAAGGCUAAUUCAUUCAGUUAAUUCAUUUUAUCAGUCGGUUACACAACAACAGUCUGGAAUAGCUUUAAAUUACUUGGUAAAGACGAACACAUCCUACUUCACAGCUUAGCUUUCUGCCCUUUAUUACAGUUAUGUGCAUGACAUUAUGCAGAAAAUCUCCCCAAUUUUACACGUUUCUUUUUAAUCUUUGUAUUUAGUUCACGGUUUUUAAAAAAGAAUGUUUACACUUUUCGUUUUGGAACCUUGUUUUCCAUCUGCUGUGUUUUAUUGUGAUGAUGAUGAUGAUGGCGGCAUCUAUAUUUGUAACUUGCUGCGUGUAUUCUGUUGUGUGUUUCUAUCUCAGCUUGUUCUGUUUCUUUUUUCUUUAGGUUGUUUUAAUUCUAUUUUUAAUGUACUUUUUCAACACAUUUAAUCAGGAAGGAGAAUGAGCUGAUCGGCGCACAUCGCCUAAUAAAAGUUAAGAAAACACCCUCUCAGCCGUCACCUACACCAGUAAAAAGGCUGUUUGAAGAAGAGGACUCUUCAGCUAAAGCUGAUCAUCAGAAAUGUGUCAACCAAUUUAAUAUAACAAAUGUUUUCCAAUUGCAGGGUAUGUGUUUUAAUACGUAUAUAUUUUGUAUAAAUAAACAGUUGAAUUAUUAUUUUAAUUCUUUUGGGCAUUCAGUAAUUAAAACAUGGAAAUGAAUGUCUCAGCUUUAUUCUUCAGCUGUCAGACUGCAUUUCUUUUCCCAGCAGUUCACGUUGAACCGUGACUUUCAUGGCACGCAGGCUUGUAUUUAACCUGUGUGCACUAGCAGCUCUCUGUCCUCCAGAGCAGUAAAUCA